AUGAGCUCCAUCGAAACGACCUACCUCAAGGCCAUCCUUCGCGACGCCGUAACGAGCACCAUGUCUGGCAACUACUACGAAUCAGCCAUGGUCAUUCCUGGCAUGCACGCUUCGGCCAUGCCUCGUCGACCUGCUCAGCCAGCUUCAUCCUCAAGGCCCAAUGCCGCGGCGAUGGCUUCAGAAGUGACGCUCGUCGACAAGAACGGUGCCCCUGUUCUGUCCAAAGAGAAGGCCGAUGCCGAAAGUGUUGUUGAUGGAUCAUCAACAACAUCCCGCAAAGGAUUCCUCAAGCGCAUCUUGAAGAAGGCCUAG